AUGUUCCGCGAAUUCCGGACGAGCGCCAUGGUUCAGGAGACGCUGGCGUCCUUGGGAAUACCAUUCCAGGCCAACUUCGCAGGAACCACAGGCGUGGUGGCAACCAUUGGUACAGGAUCAGAGCCCAUAGUCGCACUGCGAGCCGACAUGGACGCACUACCAAUCACAGAAGAAACGGACGUGCCGUUCAAGUCGCGCCAUCCCGGUGCCAUGCACGCAUGCGGCCACGACGCCCACACUGCCAUGCUGCUUGCCGCUGCCCGAAUCCUCCAGGAGCGCUCCCGGGCAGGUACCUUGGGCGGCACGGUUCGUCUUAUCUUCCAGCCAGCAGAGGAAGGAGGGGCAGGGGGGAAGCGCAUGGUGGACGGGGGGGCUCUCACGGGCGUGUCUGCUGCCUUCGCGCUGCACGUCUCACCCAAGAUCCCAGCAGGCUACGUAGGUAGUCGCCCUGGCAUGCUGCUAGCAGGGUCAGGCCGGUUCAACGCCACAGUGUGGGGCAAGGGGGGCCAUGCAGCCAUGCCCCAGUUCGCAGCAGACCCCAUCCUCGCUGCUGCCCACAUCGUGUCAAGGGGCAAGGGCGGCCAUGCCUCCAUGCCUCACUUUGCAGACCCCAUCCUCGCUGCUGCUCACAUCGUUUCUAGUCCGGGGUGGUUCAACGCCACAGUGCGGGGCAAGGGAGGGCAUGCUGCCAUGCCUCAAUUCGCAGCCGACCCCAUCCUUGCUGCUGCUCACAUCGUUUCUAGGGCGGCCAUGCCGCCAUGCCUAAGUGUGCAGCAGACCCGAUCCUGGCUGCUGUUCACAUCGUCUCCAGGUGCGAUAGACAAUGUACCACCGCACUCCACUGUCUCGGGGAAGGGGGGCCGUGCAGCCAUGCCCCAGUUCGCAGCAGACGCCAUCCUUGCUGCUGCUCACAUCGUAUCAAGGGGCCACAGUGGGGGACACGCGGUCAUGCCCCGCUUCGCAGCAGGCCACAUCCUCGCUGCCGCUCACAUCGUGUCAAGUUUGCAGCAGACCACAUCCUCGCUGCUUCUCACAUCGUAUCAAGACCCCUUUGCCUUGCGGGUGGUCUCAGUGACUCAGUUCAACGGCAGCUCGGCUGUUAAUGUCAUCCCCGAUACAGUCACACUGCGCGGCACCUAUAGAGCCACCACUAAGGACGGGCUCGCUGACCCUGAUGUUUCCUCUUUUCACCUGUCCCCCUGUCACCCUACUUUCUUCCUUCCUGCUUUCAUUCCCCUGCCGCCCCUCCCCUCUUUCCCUCCGCUUCUUCAGCCUCCAAGCCAUCGUUUCGAGAGAGACUGA